AUGCAUACGCUUACAGUCGACUCACUUUGCCAAAUUCUCGGCAUCAAACAUCCUGAGGACCAUCCUACAUGCAUUGGCUAUGGCAAAGCCAAGCCAACCUGCGGAAAUCUGGCAUCGCAGCAAUCUCGCAACACAGCCGUUCAAAUCUUCCAGGAGGUCUGUCACGAUCUUGCAUCCGGAUGCAACCCUUCCUCUCUGGACGCAAGUUUGGAAGAGGCGGCAACAUUGCUCCAUUGCAAGAGAUGGCACCGGGGUCAGGCCCCGGCUAUGGCUGAUAAAUGGCUUGAUCGUCUAGUCCAUUAUACGACUUCAAGAAACAGAACACCACGUCGACGAAGCGGUCGGCCUCGAGAUCCGUCCACUUACCGCGGGAUUGAUACUGGUCAUGUCGCACGAGCAGAAACAUCGACAACCACCUCUUACCUCUCAUCCGCGCGAGACGAAGAUCUCCUGGCCGAGCUGCUACAUCGCUAUCAGACACUGGAUCAAACGCUUGCAUCUAUCGAAGCACUUAGCAACGGUCUUGGUACGGCAAAUAGAAGAACAACACACAGGAGGACAUCUACCAGAAGGACGCCACCUUCAGAAACAUACCAUGAACCUCCUGAUUCGUACCCUGCAACGACUACGCGUUCUCAAGAAUUCGAUCUUCGAGAGCCAUACAACGCAGACGAUGUCUCUUUGCGAUCUCGUCCAACGACUCGCAGCCGGGAGGGCCACCGUCACUCUGCCCCUCAACCCGCCUCGUCCAUGCCGUCCCCACCAACGUCCACGACGCGCCGCUCGCGCACGCAGUCACAUCCGCAGCCACAGCCCGAAGACUCUUCCCAGAUCCCUGGCGGGCGCUCCCGUCAAAGUUUCUUCGUCCUCAUCCUCAUCCUCGUCCUCCUCAUACUCACCCUCUUCCUCGUCCUCAUCCACGUCUUCAGCCAGCGGACGCAGGCGGGUAUCGGCGCCUACAACAAGAUCUCGUAG